CUGGAGGACGCAGAUAUUGCAGCUUGUUUCUUCUGAGAGACGUCAUCGGCGGUAUCUAAGCCUCUGUACAGUAUCUGAGGGAAGCGACCGUCGUCAGUAUAUCCGGCUGCUGCUGCGUCAGGCCUCCAGCAUCGCCCUCAAGACUCAAUUACUGUACUGUAAUCCUACAAACCCAAAGCUAUGGGAAAGGAAAAGCUCCACAUCAAUAUAGUGGUCAUUGGCCAUGUGGACUCUGGGAAGUCCACCACCACUGGGCAUCUCAUCUACAAGUGUGGUGGCAUCGACAAGAGGACCAUUGAAAAGUUUGAGAAGGAGGCUGCUGAGAUGGGUAAAGGUUCUUUUAAGUAUGCAUGGGUUCUGGAUAAGCUGAAGGCUGAGCGGGAGCGGGGCAUCACAAUUGAUAUCUCCCUCUGGAAGUUUGAGACCAGCAAGUACUACGUCACCAUCAUUGAUGCCCCUGGACACAGAGAUUUUAUUAAGAACAUGAUCACUGGUACCUCCCAGGCGGACUGUGCUGUGCUAAUCGUGGCAGCAGGAGUGGGCGAGUUUGAAGCCGGCAUCUCGAAGAACGGUCAGACCCGAGAGCAUGCCCUGCUGGCAUACACGCUCGGUGUGAAGCAGCUGAUCGUGGGCGUCAACAAGAUGGACUCCACAGAACCUAAUUACAGCCAGAAGCGCUAUGAGGAGAUUGUGAAGGAAGUCAGCACCUACAUCAAGAAGAUUGGCUACAACCCUGAAACAGUGGCCUUUGUGCCGAUCUCUGGCUGGAACGGAGAUAACAUGCUUGAGGCUAGCCCAAAUAUGACCUGGUUUAAGGGAUGGAAGAUCAACCGCAAGGAAGGGAGCGUCUCAGGAACGACUCUAUUAGAGGCUCUGGAUGCCAUUCAGCCUCCAACCCGGCCAACUGACAAACCACUGCGCCUCCCACUCCAGGAUGUUUACAAGAUUGGAGGUAUUGGUACAGUCCCAGUUGGUCGCGUUGAGACCGGCAUCCUGAAACCUGGCAUGGUUGUGACAUUUGCCCCUGUGAAUGUGACCACUGAGGUUAAGUCUGUAGAAAUGCAUCACGAGGCCUUGUCUGAGGCGCUGCCUGGUGAUAAUGUGGGAUUUAAUGUGAAAAACGUCUCCGUUAAGGACAUCCGUCGUGGGAAUGUCGCAGGAGAUAGCAAGAAUGACCCUCCACAGGAAGCUGCUACCUUCACUGCACAGGUCAUCAUCCUGAACCACCCUGGCCAGAUCAGCGCUGGCUAUGCUCCAGUGCUGGACUGCCACACGGCCCACAUCGCCUGCAAGUUUGCUGAGCUGAAGGAGAAGAUUGACCGUCGUUCAGGGAAGAAGCUGGAGGACAACCCCAAAUCGCUCAAGUCUGGUGAUGCUGCCAUUGUGGACAUGAUCCCGGGCAAGCCCAUGUGUGUGGAGAGCUUCUCUGAGUACCCACCUCUCGGGCGCUUUGCUGUACGUGACAUGCGUCAGACUGUGGCAGUGGGCGUCAUUAAGGGCGUGGAGAAGAAGACGCCCACUUCAGGCAAGAUCACCAAGUCUGCCCAGAAGGCCCAGAAGAACAAAUGAAUAUUGUGCAGGGCUGCAACCUCUCGAGUCAGCCACAGCAGAAUCCACGUCAUCCAUCCGCUCCUUAGCUUAAUAGUCAAAGCCUGGCAAAUUAUCACAAUGCAUCGCAAGAGUAGACGAAGGAAAAAACCCACAACCACUCUAACAGUUAUGAUGUUAAUUAAUAUAUUAUACCAUUGUAUUUAUGGUUUCAAGUUUCUAGUCUGAAUUGUCAGUUGAUGUUCUGUGGAUAUUUAUCAGCACCUUACACUAGAGUUUAGAUUAAGGACAGGAAAAGUGAUUGUUUCUAUCUUCUCUGCUUGAUGUGCAGUAGUAUGAGAACCUUUCCCAGUCCUGACAAGCCAUGUAGCUAAUGUUGCUAAUGUGAUCUGGCAUGCAAGCGCAGUCAGCCUUUUCUGCUUCUUGUAGUCAAGGAUUUUUUAUUUUAUUUUAUUUUUUGUACGUUGGUCCGUAUUGAGCUGAUGUGUUGUGACAUAGCUUUAAAAUUUAGUGUCUUUCCUGGCUGCAUGCAUGAAGCUUCCCUAGCUAGUGCACUUUACUGAGACUCCCUUAGCACUUUGAGAAAGCACGAGCUAAAUACUUUGCACUUGCACUCAUGUACUUUAACAUAUGGACAUAUAUUUCUCCAUAAGCUCAUAUAACAUGGAUAAACAAUAAAAAAAACCCAUUGAGCACUCA